UUCAACAAUGGUCUGAAACUGCUGCCCAAGCUUACAUAUGAGCAUAUCAACCUGAAUGCUUAUUCAGUUAUGAGGGUUAAUCUUGCUGCACAAGUCUUGAGCUCAACAAUGGCAGCAGUCCUAAAAGCAUUUGGCCCCCCGAAGCAGCUGGCACUGCCAAACUCUGUGAAAUGGUUGAUUGUUUCUUCGACUGCUUAAAUGUGAGAAGCAGGAUUGAACAUAUCCGUAAAUGCAAGCCCUUCCUGGCUCCAUGUACAUCACUUCUGGAUGGAAGAUUUGAAUUCCUGAUGAAAUUUCUGGAGUACCUGAACUCAUGGAAAACCAGCACAGAGAACAAACCUGGUAACUACACCCAGAAUGCCAGAGGCAAAAUGUUCUUGACCUGGCGGACACAUGAGGGAUUUGAAAUCACCGUCCGUUCUGCAAUUGAGUGUACAAAGUUCCUUCUCCAGGAAGGAAUGGAAUUUAUUUUGAUAGAACGCUUCUGUCAAGACCCAGUUGAACAAUAUUUUGGAGACCAGCACAGACUUGGCAGGCAUUGUGAUAAUCCAGAUAUUCACCAAUUUGGAUGUAAUGCCAACACCAUCUGCAUCCAGCAGUCUGAUUCAUGCCAAAGCGGUAACACCAGGGGGAGGAAGGAUAAGCAUUGACAAUGGGAACAAAUGACAAAUGAUAAAUUGCCAUGCAGAAAGAGAAGAAAAACUGAAUGAUAGUUAUUCAUUGUUAAAAUCAAUUCAUGUAUCAGUUAGCCUCAAGUGAUAAUGAUAAUAAUUAGAUCUUACAUUUUGAAAGAUAUGCUUUAAUUUAGUAGUGGAUUAUUAAAUUGAUGUCUUUUGGAUGAUCUUUCAGACAUGUGAACAAUAUGUAAACAAAUUUUGAUUUAAAAGUCAAUAAUAUCUUGAAACACCAAGACUGCUGUUGACAUCAUUAUAUAGUUACUGAUAAUUUUAUGGCAUAUCUGGCAGGUGUAUAUAUGUAACUAGAGUAAUAAUUAUAGCUUUGAACAAUAAAUGAUAACAUGAAACUACAGUAUUUCCCUGUUGUGACCUAAAAUUAUUUACAAAUGAAGCAUAAGGUAUCUAGCACUGUUCAGUACUUAAGUGUCCCAUUUUAUGAAUUAUCCAAAGAAGCUUAAGAAAUUAAAACCUUUAGAUAUAAGCACGGUAAAGUCGGAGGUGUUUUCUCUAAGCUCUUCCAAUGAAUUAACUACCUUUUCAUUUUAUAUUGACAUUUUGUACAGCUGAACUGAGAGUAUGACUCAAUUUUUCGAAGAUAGUGAUGAUUUUUUCUAUAUUGUUUUGUCCAUUAAAAAUGGGUUGAAUCUUCAAAAUAAA